AUUUUGUUGUUGUUUUUCCUGAAAUUAAUACUCAUAGUUUUCUAGAUCAGACUAGGACCGAAUGUAGGAAAAUAAAUCAUUAACCCCACAGAGAAGUUGAAGUUGUAGUUUCUGCCAUUGUUACUUUUAGAUAUUUUAAACUGAAAGGAGAGGCGCCACAAAGCACAGGCUUUAGCAACACUGCACGUAAGGGGUUCAGGACAUCCAGUUUCACUUGCACAGCGCGCAGACGGCUGUCACACGUGUAAUCUGCGCAACCACGAUCCCCGCUCAGUUUCUAACCACAGCAGGCUUCUUGGAUUAAAGAUAACAAGAUUUGAACUAUGAACCCCAGACUAACACAAAGCCAGCAGAGAACAAUCUGCGCUCAGCUGAGAAGAUUCAAACUAAAGCUGCUGUACAAGGCCAGCAUCCACGGCUUCACCGGUGCAGCAUUUCACCAAAGAUGUGACAAUUGCUCUCCCACUGUGUCUGUGGGCUACAACAACUCUGGUUUUGUGUUUGGAGGCUACACCAAACAACCUUUUAGUCAGUCUGGACAGUACGUGAAUGAUGAUCAGGCUUUUCUUUUUACAUUUAAUGGUGAAAACCUCAUCAAAUAUCCAGUUACUAAUCCUACAUAUGCAGUGAGAAUGACGGCUAACUCUGGGCCUUAUUUUGGAGAAGAUUUGGUUCUUGUCAAUGGAAGCAAAGCAGUAACGUACAGCAAUCCAGGAAAUUAUUACAACUUCCCUGCUGCAGAGAUGCAUGGCAAUGAUCUCAACAUGACUGAGUGUGAAGUCUACGAAGUGGAGGGAACCACUGAACUUGAAAGGGCAUGGAGGACUGUAAUCUGGGAAUCUGAGAAGAGGACGGAGCUGAUUGAGAGCAUUAAAAGCUACAAACCCACAGUCAGCUCUGUGACCCAGCCUCGGGUUUUGCUCAUUGGACCAGUUGGAGCUGGAAAGUCCAGCUUCUUUAACUCUGUCAGCUCUGUAUUCAGAGGCCACGUCACCAACCAAGCUAUAGCAGGCUCCUCCUCCACCAGCCUCACCACACAGUUUCGCACCUACUCUGUGAAAGAUGGGCGUGAAGGGAAACCUCUGCCAAUAAUCUUGUGUGAUACCAUGGGACUGGAGGAGACCAAAGGGGCGGGGCUUGACAUAGACGAUCUGAGCAGCAUCCUCAAAGGUCACCUGCCAGAACGUUAUCAGUUCAACCCUUCAGCUCCUCUGCAUCCUGAGGCCCACGGCUAUCGCACAUCUCCUGGACUCAAGGACAAGAUCCACUGUGUGGCCUAUGUUAUUGAUGCUUCCAAGGUCUCCAUCAUGCCCACAGGGCUGGAGGAGAAGCUGGAUGCUAUCCGCAGAAAGGUCAACUUAAUGGGUAUUCCUCAGCUGGUCCUCCUCACUAAAGUAGAUGAAGCCUGCCCACUGGUGAAAGAGGAUGUGAGAAAUGUUUAUAAGAGUGGCUACAUUAAGGACGUUGUUCAGGAGGUCGGCUCUCGGCUCGGUGUGCCGUUGUCCUGUGUUGUUCCGGUGAAGAACUACAGCGAGGAGUUGGAGUUGGAUAUGAAUUGUGACAUCCUGUUGCUCAGCGCUGUUAUUCAGAUGUUUCGCUUUGUUGAUGAUUACUUUGAUGAGCUCAGUGACCGAAUGAGCAGCAUGCAAACCACAGAGCGGAAUGAAGUUAAGAAGCAGUUGUACCAACCCGAGUAGCUGAUGAAUUAUGCCUGAAAAUGGUUCGUUUACAGCAAAAAAAAAACAAAAAAACUUCGUUUAUUCAUCAUCAGUGCAAACAGUUGAAGUUUCUAAUGGCCCUGGGAUUUGGUGUUGUUUCUGAUUUAUUGAUUCUUCUUCAUUAUUGUGACUUUUGAGUUCCUUGUUAUCAUACUGGAUUGUGAGUUUUGAGUGACAUCACCACGUUUACAGUUUUAUUCUGAUCAUCUUUGAGUUUUGCUUGCUCUCUGUAUGACUGCCUUGAUUACCUUUUUGUGUGUCUCAUAAUGAAUGUGUCUUAUUACCCUCCUGUCUUGGUCCACGCUCAGUCAUUCAGUAAAUCCAGGAAAGUUGAUUCUGUUUCUGUUUGGAUUGCUGCUUUAUACCUUUUU